AUGGUGGAGCUCUUGUUCUACCUGUCAGCGCACGCGCUGACUGUGUUUCUUGCAAGGAAGGGCGGCAGCAAUGGGGGCCACGUGGCACCUGUGUAUCGCCAUAUCGGCACCAGAUCUGAACUGGUGGCUGCGCAACACACAAGAUUGGCCAGCCUGGCGCGGCGUUCAGACCAGCUGCAAGCGAGGCAGCAGGAGCUGCAGCAGUCGCACGCGUGGCAGAUGGAACAGGCAGCGCAGCUGGAGCGAACCAUCCGAAGCCUCGAGCUGCGCAAUGUGCCAGUAGCAGCAGCAGCAGAACCUGUGGUAGAGGUAGAGGGUGUCAAGGCAGUGAACAGGCAGCUGCAACAGCUGUCAGCAAGCUUGGAGACGGAUGUCCCUAAGCUAGCGGAUCUGACUGGCCGAUUCUUCGCCCGGAACUCCAGUGCCGCUACUGCUCUGCUGCUCUGCAGCUGUGCCCCUGUGCUGUUGUCAUCGCCAUCACCCCAUCAUAACUAUAACUAUGCUCACACCUAUCAUUUUACGCAUCACACCUCCCCUUCUCCCACUCUCCCACUUUCCCCCUCUCCCCCUAUCCCCUUCUCCGAUUAUCUCCCUCUCCCCCCCUCUCUCCUUCUCCCUUUCGCCCACUCUCCCCUUCUUCCCUUCUCUUCCUCUCCCCCUCUCCCCCCCCCCCCCACUCCCUCACUUCCCUUCGUCCCCCUGCUCCACUUGCCUCUCCUCGCAACCUUUCUCGUUCCCACCCCUGCGUCAUUCCCCCCUUCCCCUGCACGUUUCCUUUGCUACCAGGCAACAGCAGCCGGGAAGCAAAAUCUGUUUUUCCCUGAGAAAACUGAACGCCUGAGUCGACUCAAAUGUCUCCCUCCAUGCCCCUCUCUCCUGCAUGUUUCCAGAGCCACAGGGCAGGAGCAGCAAGGAAGCAGUGAAGCAGGCAGGGAGUCCGGCCAGGAACCCUGUGACGCCAGCCGUGUGUGCGAUGGUGCUGGUGCUGAUGAUGGCGGUGGCGUGAGUGGUGGGGAUGAUGAGGACGGACGAGAUGGUGCUAUGGAGCUAGGGAAUGGCAAGGCGGGUUCAGGAGAAUCAGGGCCAGCAGCAGGAGUGGCAGGAGAGGGAGGUGGAGGAGGAGAAGGAGGAGGAGGGGGCAUAGAUGGUGGUGGCAGUGGUGGUGGUGGUGGUGGCACUGGCAAUGGUAGUGAGCUGUUGUUGAUCCGUUCAGAGGUUAUUGGGAACCACACUGCGGCCCUGGCAGCACUGCAACCCGCACUGCAGCAACUGGCUGACUCAGUACAAGAAGCAGGCCCCUCGCACUUCUUCUUCCCCCAUCCAGAAGCGCUCAUUGCAGGAGCAGGAGGAGCAGAUUCAUCAGGGCAGGGGGGAACGCCAGCAGCAGCAGCAGCAGCAGUGGAAGGGGGAGGAGGAGGAGGGAGGGUGGGUGAAUCGCACGUGGGGAGGCUAGAAGCAGUGGAGCAUCAGCACGCUCAGCUGGAGCAGUCCUUCCAGUCGCUGCUAUCAGCACAGGAGGCAGAGCUCUCCGCCUCGCUCCGUUCCACUGCUCUCAUGGACGCUCAGCUAUCACUCGCCCUGCCCCUUCCACCUCCUUCCUCCCUCAAGUCGCCUGCUGCUGUGAGUGGGGCUCCAACCGGGGUUUUUUGUUUCCAGGUAUCUCAGGUGAUUUUGUGCUCCGCAAGUCUCCCCACCCCUUUCAACCCCUGGGAAGAGGUGCUUCUGGCGAGCGUCCCAAUCCCCUCUCAGCAGACCUUCUCUGCUCUUCCCUUCUCUUUUUUCACAAGCGAGGCGGAUUGGCAGCAGCAGCAGGAGGGGAAUCAGCAGCAGUGGCAAAACAGAGGAGAUGGGCCACACUCGUACGGCAGUGGGGAUGAUAACGGCAGGAGGGGAGAGGACGGGGGCCAGGACAGUUACCUUAAGGAGGAGGAGAAGCCGAGGGAGGAGGACGAGGAGGAGGAGGAGAGGGGAAGGGAGGAGGAGGUGGAGGUGGAGGAGGAGGAGGAGGAAGAGGAGGAGGGUGGAAACUGCGGCAGCAGCGGAGGGAGGGGGGAUGAGUUUUUUUACCACGGCAGCAGCAGUCCCAGCAGCACCAGCUGUGGGUCUAGUGCGUUUCCACCGCCUGUGUUGCCUGGAGAGCUAGGACGAGGCAGGAUGGGCAUGGGGGGGUAUGCGGUUGAACAGGGCUUUGAAUCGCUUAACCAGAGGUUCUUGAUGCCGAGAAUGCAGGCAGAGGUUGGUAGUGGUAGCGGCAAGGGGAGCGAGAGCGGCAUCGGCAGCGGGAGCGGCAGCGGGAGGGGCAGUGGCAGUCACAUGGUCGCUGCAAGUAACAGUCACACGGGGAGUGGUAGCCUUAUGGGGAAUGGCGUUCCCAUGCAGGGUAGCAGUCACAUGGGAGGGAAGGGGGGAGCACACGAAGGGGAUUAUCACAAGCACCUCACUGCGAAAACACAUCUGGAGAGCAGCAGGUGCGGAGAGCAGGGCUUCUUUGCUGGUGAAACCCCUGCUCUCCCUGCAAGGUCGGCUGCUCUUUCUAUGGCGCCACUCUUCUUUGAUGGUGAUACUCCACCAGCAGAAACAGCAGGAGGCGGGGGAGGAGCAGCAGCAGGAGCAGAAGGAGCAGCAGCACCAGGAGUGGUAGGAGCAGGAGGAGAAGUGUCGGACAGUCCGGGUCUGUGUGUGGAGCAGUGGCAGAGAGCGUUGAGUUACACCCAACACGAUGCCACCUCCUUGCUAGGGGACGAUCUUACUGAUGAGGAUGUGCGUUUCCUGCACUCCUCCCCUCUCUCUCACUCCCUCUCUUACACUCACUCUCAGUCCAACCGCGGCUACUGA